AUGUCUAACGCCAAUAACAUUCCGAGUACAAGGUCCAAUUCAUAUUCGACCGAUGACAGUUCGGUGAAUGAUGGUUUUUUUGAAUCGUUCACCGGUAUUGAUCCACUUGAACUUAACGAGGAAAAUAAUUCCAUGUGCGGAUUCUCGGAUGCCACCGCUGUCUCUUUUGAAGAUUCGUAUGAAAGUGAAACAAUUGCCGAGUAUGAACAGGACUAUAGUUUCGUUUCAAAUGAUUCAAUACCGGAACUUACCCUUCAAGAAUUACGAGAUAAGAUCCAGUCAUCCAUUUCGCAGGGAUAUUUCACAAAGGCGUUGGAGCUCUGGGAGAUUGUUCUCAGAGACCCGCAGCACACGCCGGAAGAUCAAGAAAAUGCUAUCAAGUGGAAUCUUCGGGAAAAUAAAUAUUUACGAGAGAACUAUUUGGAUAAGUCAGUUGGAAAUGCACUAGCCAAGGUUUUAUAUAAGAACACCACCUUGAAAAAGAAUGACAAAGGUCGUAAGCUAAAUGAGGCGAACUUCCCGUCUUCGAUGGAUGAGGAAGAAAUGACAGAAGAAACGCGUCCUAAAGUUCUCUUACUUAGGAAACUAUCGAGACAAAAGUUGGCAUCAUUAUACAAACAGCGACGUCUUCUCGUCAGGCGAAAAUCAAAAAUCCGUAAGCAAGCCAGAAUUCUCAUGGAACAAUUGAGGCUUGGUAAAGAUAUUUCCGAAAGGCAAAAGUAUCAGGCUCUAUUUAUUUCCAGUCAGAUGAAGGCCGUCAGCAAGAUCAUCGCAUCUCAACAGAAACUAGAAUUUGUUCAAUUAACAAAUUUGCGCCAAAAAGAGAUAUCGGAAGAAACUUUUUCAAAAUUAGACACUAGGACAUCGGAGGAGAUUGAAGAGAAAACCGAAGAAUGGAAAAAAAUUGUUUCCGAUUAUACCCCACUAAGACUGAUCAGAGCACUUUUAUCGUCGAGAAACAGCAAGUCAAAGUAUUGGAGGAUCUACGAAAUCUUCGAGGAAUUGUUGCAUGAUCCAGAUAAUCUUAAGGGUGCUUCGUUGCAUGAUUUACGUCGUCUUGCAGAGUAUUUUUCUAAAAUACACCCCCCACACACUGUCUCAGUAUUGGAAGCGGCUUUGGAUCAAGGAUUCAAUCUUACACACGAUGAUUAUCAUCUGCUGCUGGUUUCACAUCGAAAGACCAAAGAUCGAUUAGGUAUAGUGGAAGCUUUUGAGGAGAUGAGGGGAAAAGGAUUUGCUCUUCGAGCUGUUGAUUACAGUGAGCUCUUGAGAUGCCUAAUGAGUAAAGGAGGCAAGGAUACUGGUUUGGCAAAGAGAUAUUUAAAUGAAGUGAGAUCGCAACAGUUUAGGUUAGAUAUGGAUGCUUAUGCCGCGUUAAUUGAUGGGUUCAUAGUAAACAAUGAUGUAUUUUAUGCGGGACAAAUCUUCAUGGACUUUGUAAAGGAAGGAUUGGCUGCACCGGGCAUUAUUUUUCCUAAAAAGCCUGUCGAUAUGAGUGGUAGUGAAAUUUACACCAUACUAGUGCAAACAUUUAUUCAUCAAAAUGACCUUGACAAAGCAAAAAAAUUUUACGGAAAAUUGCUUACCGUCAAUCCAUCGCCAGAUUUUGAGCUAGUUCAAAUGAUAGUAGAUGCUUGCCUGAAUCGGAAUGAGAUGAUAACAGCAAGACUCUUGUUAAAACGCACACGCACUUCAAAUCUCGGAUGCAUUUAUGGGCAAGUAAUUGAAUAUUGUGCAAUGCGAAAAAAAUUUAAGCACCUCUGGAUGGUUUACGCGCAAUCUUUGGAUAGAAAAAUAACAUUAUCCGAAAAAACAUACAGGCUAAUGCUAUUGGCAUAUUAUCAAGAAGGUUACUUGACUGACGUGUUGACGCUUUACAGGGAGUCCAAGUUCUUGGGUUACUUUCGUAAGGAUCUUUAUAUUCACAAUCUUGUGGCUCGAAUCUUGGUGAAUAAUGAAAGGAUCGAGCAGGCACAAGAGGUUUUGCUUGACAUUCAGCAAUUGGGUCUAACCCCGAACGUUGAUACUUAUAGGAUUAUGAUUAAUUUCGCGGAAGUACAAAAGAAUUCAAAGAAUGCGAUGCAAGUAUUUCAGGAAAUGCGACGAAAAAAAUUUUCGGCGGAUCGUGUGACCCUUUUGUAUCUGAUAAGGUGUUUAUGCGCAGCCGGUGAUUUUGAGGGCUCGAAAAUGGUUAUUGACUUGAUGCAAAGAAAUAACAUGAAACCUAAUAUUCAUCAUUACAAUGCUCUCAUGAAGGCUUAUGGAAGCAAACGUGAUGAAGAUGCGCAAACAGAGUUGAAUAUUAUUGAUUCAAAAAUCGAUCCAUCUAAUAAUGAUAAGGACAGUUUAUCAAACCACCCUGAAAUCAAGAAUGUAUUGAACAUAUUCAAUGUUAUCCGAAAUUCGAAUCUGUUCCCUAAUGCUAAUACCUUUCACAUUAUAAUCGAAGCCUUUGCGAAAGCCGGAAAUUUCGAGAUGGCCAAGAAAAUCUAUAAGGCAAUGAGCGAGCUCACGAUUCAACCAACACUCGAGAUAUUUCACAUUAUUCUGAGAAAUCUAAUCAAGACGCAAGGUAUAGAGAAUGCGGCCAAUGUGUUUUGGGAUCAGGUGAACGCAAAUAUUUUUAAGUCAAUGUCAACAAAAUACGUGAUGCCAGAUUAUUAUACUUGGAAUAUGAUGAUGGAAUACGCGUUGAAACACGAAAAUGUUGGAGUGGCGACAGAAAUAUAUGGUGGAAUGUGGGAACGGGGGAUGAGUAUGAGAGUAAGUGGAAUGUAUGGAAACAUCAUGAAACUAUUGAUCGGGAAAAACGAUCUUGAAAUGGCGGAAAGAAUAUUAAAACACAUGUGUAUUGGGAAGGUUGAAGAUGAUGAGGUAAGUAGGGGAUUCAGUAUGCUGACGAAUGAAUAUUGGAAAUUAGGAAAGUUAGAGAAAAUGGAAGAUUUGUGGGAAAGUCUUGAAAAGUUAAAUGAUUUAAGAAGCAACGCAGCUUGGAACAAAAGGAUAUUGAUCAAUAAGAUAGCGUGUGAAUAUAUGAUCAAAUGCUUUAUAAAAAAUAGAAAUGAGGAUGGAGCAAGAAAAGUUGGUGAGAUGAUAAUUGAGAACGGAAUUAAUGUUGAUUUGGAAAUGUUGAAAGGAUGGAUUAGUGAAUUGACAUAA